AUGGAGCCCAUGGACAGCCAGCUCACCGCCGUCGCGCUCUCCGACUCCGACAGCGGCUCCGUCGAGGGCGCCGCCGCAGCCGACGCGGCGGACGCCGACCUGCAGGCGCUCCGCCGCCUCUCCGAGAACCUCGCGGCGGCGUUCCGCUCCCCCGACGACUUCGCCUUCCUCUCCGACGCGCGCAUCUCGGUGCCCGGCGCGCCCGACCUCCGCGUGCACCGCUGCGUGCUCUGCGCGCGCAGCCCCUUCCUGCGCGACGUCUUUGCGCGCCGCGCCGCUGCCAGCGCCGGCGAGGAGAAGGAUAAGGGCAAGGACUGGGGCAAGGUGGAGCUCCGGGACCUCCUCGGCGAGGAGGUCGAGGUCGGGUACGAGGCGCUGCGGCUGGUGCUCGACUACCUCUACAGCGGCCGCGUCGCCGCCCUGCCCAAGGCGGCCUGCCUCUGCGUCGACGAGGACGCCUGCGCCCACGUCGGCUGCCGCCCCGCCGUCGCCUUCAUGGCGCAGGUCCUCUUCGCCGCGUCCACCUUUGACGUCGCCGAGCUCACCAACCUCUUCCAGCGGCGUCUCCUUGAUGUCCUUGAUAAGGUUGAAGUGGACAACCUCCCAUUGAUCUUGUCUGUUGCCAACUUAUGCAACAAAUCUUGUGUGAAACUGCUUGAGAGAUGCUUUGAUGUAGUAGUUCGGUCAAAUCUUGAUAUGAUUGCUCUUGAGAAGGCGUUGCCUCCAGAUGUUUUCAAAGAAAUUGUUGAUGCAAGGCUAAGUCUUGGAUUAGUUUCGCCAGAGGACAAGGGCUUCCCUAACAUACAUGUAAGAAGAGUACACAGAGCGCUGGAUUCUGAUGACGUGGAGCUAGUCCGAAUGCUACUCAAGGAAGGAAAAACUAAUCUUGAUGAUGCAUAUGCAUUACACUAUGCUGUCGAACAUUGCGACUCAAAGAUCACAGUAGAACUUCUGGAUCUCGCACUUGCAGAUGUUAAUCAUAGGAACCCAAGAGGUUAUACGGUUCUUCACAUUGCUGCUAUGAGAAGGGAACCUAAAAUCAUCGUCUCUCUUUUGACCAAGGGAGCUCGGCCAUCAGAUCUCACAUUUGAUCACAGAAAAGCAGUACAGAUCUCUAAACGACUUACAAAGCAUGGGGAUUACUUUGGGCCUACUGAGGACGGAAAGCCUUCUCCUAAAGAUAGAUUAUGUAUCGAGAUACUAGAGCAAGCUGAAAGAAGGGAUCCACAGCUUGGAGAAGCAUCAGUUUCUCUUGCGAUAGAAGGAGACUCUGCACGUGGAAGGUUGCUCUACCUUGAAAACCGAGUUGCUUUAGCGAGGAUAUUGUUUCCCAUGGAGGCAAGGGUUGCGAUGGACAUUGCUCAAGUUGAUGGAACCCUGGAAUUUACCCUUGGUUCUAAUGCUAAUCUGCCUACCGAGAUUCAGCGGACAGUUGACCUGAACGAUACUCCUUUCACAAUGAAGGAAGAGAACUUGGCUCGGAUGAGAGCCCUAUCCAAAACAGUGGAACUCGGGAAGCGUUUCUUCCCACGGUGUUCAAAAGUGCUCGACAAGAUCAUGGAUGACGAAACCGAGCUGGUUUCCCUUAGGCGAGACACAUCCACGGAGAAGAAGAGGAGGUUCCAUGACCUGCAUGACUUGGUUCAAAAGGCAUUCAGCGAGGACAAGGAGGAGAACGACAGGUCGGCCCGGUCAUCUUCCUCCUCGUCGACGACUUCGAUCGGAGCCGUCCGGCCUCGGAGAUGA